AUGGGUUGUUCUGCAGCAAAAAAUGUUACUAUUGAACCCUUAAAUGGGCAUGCAGUUACAACAGAUAGCAAUUUAUCGAGAAAAAAUUCAAAGGCAAAUCCCGUUAUUACCAAAACUUCGUCCGAUCCUCCUUUAGAAAGUGAAGAACCACAGACCGAAGUUUUAGAAAAUAUCACCAUGAAUAAUGUACAAGAAACAACAAACGGGUUAUCUUUUGAUAUCGCCUUUCAAGAAGACGAUAAGGAUGACAGUAUAAUAAAAAAGCAUCCCCCAAAAAGGUUGCAAAAAUUUGAAGAACCGCCCGUAGCCAAUCCAGUCUCUUUGGAGCAAUUGAAAGAAAAAUUGGACGAGGCGGAAGAAAGGAGACAACAGAUAUUACAGCAAAGAAUGGAAUCUGCAAGAAAUUCUUUUCGGAAACAAUCGAGCAUUUAUUCAAUCGACGAAGUCGACAUGCAAAAACUUAUAGUUCCUGAGGAAGUACACGGACAAAUGAGCGAAACGGUCGUCUAUUCAGAAAAUUCGCACCACUGAUGUAACAAAUUAGACGACCACAAUAUAAAUUUUUAUACC